UACUCUACGCUACUCGCAGUGAGUCCGUUCCAGUCUACAUCAACAGAGAAAAAUUUUAAGAUAAACCUUGUAAAGAAAAUCUAUAAUCGAAGAAAGAUGUCGCUGCUGCGUCCUAUGUUGCUGCUGGCUUUUGGUGCCACCGUCGCCUUGGCUCAACGUCGCCUAGCGUUACCGGAUCCACGCAGUUGUGCUAAUCGUGUUCGCCACGCCACCUAUCGUGAUGCACGCGGUGUAGCUCAUUCGUACUUCUUCAGCUGGGAGCAUGCGCCAACGCGCAGCCUUGAAGUCGAUUGGUUAGAUGCGCGCAACAUUUGCCGUCGCCAUUGCAUGGACGCCGUUUCGCUGGAAACGCCACAGGAGAAUGAAUUCGUCAAGCAGCGCAUAGCGCGUGGUAAUGUACGCUAUAUCUGGACUUCGGGUCGCAAAUGCAACUUCGCUGGCUGUGAUCGCCCCGACUUGCAGCCACCAAAUGAGAAUGGCUGGUUCUGGUCUGGUUCGGGUGGUAAAAUUGGACCUACCUCGCAGCGCAACACCGGUGACUGGUCGCACACUGGCGGCUACAAUCAACCACAACCGGACAAUCGUGAGGCCGCACAGGGUAACGAUGAAUCGUGUUUGUCGAUUUUGAAUAAUUUCUACAAUGAUGGACUCAAAUGGCACGAUGUGGCGUGCCAUCACUUGAAGCCGUUCGUGUGCGAGGACUCCGAUGAGCUACUGAACUUUGUGCGUUCACGCAAUGCUGGUAUUCGUCUGUAAAGGAAUGUAACGCUGCAGAUGUAGGAAAAGAGAAAUUGUAAAUGUGUUGUUUUUACGAACGGAAUUUGGCUUGGAUAGUGAUCGUGGCAUGUGAAGCAUGGAACGUAUUUGUUGAUGUUUUCGUUUUCGUGUAUGCUUUUUAAUUUUGUUUGUAAAAAUUUUGUUUGAAACUUUGAAGAUUUUUUC